UAAAGGUGCCUUUUAACCUGUUGACUCUGACCAUUUUAUUCCUGUUCUGCACUGUAUUUAUUGAGUGGGGGGAAACUUCUUCUUAUAGGUAGCAUUUUAGAUUCUGGGGUUAGGCUUCUUAAACUACAGAAUACAGUUGUUGGGUUUUAAUGGUAGUGGUUCAAGUUGUGACCGGGCCAAUAUACAGGCCUAGGCAACUCAGACCGUAGUAACUUUUAGUAGUUCCCCAAGAAUAACACCCCUAUCUGUUUUCAGAGGUCAAAUUCAUGCAAACGUCCCCAGUACUGAGCUGCUACCCCCAGAUAGAUCUGGAAACACGGAGACAUUGGAGUUACUCACACAGAUAAAACUUUGAGUCCAAGUAUAAUCUAACUGUGAAAAUGUUUUAAUAUUUCUUCGCCGCUAUUUGCUGUUUUCUCCACUAGAGUGCCACAAACCACCGCGGCUUUGAAUCAAGUAUACUCUUCUUGACGUCAUUUUCCUGAGACGGAAGUAAAAUAGUAGUCAUUAGAAAUCCCAAUAGUGACACGACAAAUCAAACGCUACUCUAAAAAAAAAUUAUAUGGUAAGCCAAGUGCAUAGCAGAAAUUUGAAGACCUACCUCAUAAACAGAAAGGAUGCACGGCAGAGUGAAGAUUAAAUCUACAGCCCAGCAGGAAGAGGAGAAAAGAAAGGAGAGAGAGAAAAAACUGAAGAUCUAUGUAGCUGCACGAGAUGCCUGUUUUUCUAAGAGGAAAGAGGGUAUUUGGGAUGAUGAGGCUCUCCAGCUGACCCAGCAGCUACUAUCAUCCAAUCCUGACUUUGCAACCCUCUGGAACUACAGAAGAGAGAUCCUAAUGCACUUAGAGACUGUGAAGGACAAGGAUGAAGUGCAAAAGAUUUACGAGGCCGAGUUAUUAUUUCUGGAGUCUUGUCUGAAGGUAAACCCAAAGUCCUAUGGCAGCUGGCAUCACCGAGGUUGGGUCUCAGCCCGCUUGCCUCAACCGAAUUGGGCUAGAGAGCUGAGUCUGUGUGAUCACUGCCUCAGCCUGGAUGACCGCAACUUCCAUUGCUGGGAUUAUCGCCGGAUGGUUGUGGUGAUGUCUGGUGUGCCUGUGGAUCAGGAGUUGGAGUUUACUGAUCGUCUUAUUGGCUCCAACUUCUCCAACUACUCUAGCUGGCACUACCGCAGCACCCUACUGCCACUGCUUCACCUGGAGUCUCCUGAGCACCCCUCACCCUGCCAUGAGCCUCCCCUGACCUCCUCUCCACCUUCUCCACAAAUUCACUCCCAUCGCAUCUGUGAAGAGCAGCUCCUCAAAGAGUAUGAGCUUGUACAGAACGCUUUCUUUACCGACCCCAAUGACCAGAGUGCUUGGUUUUACUAUCGCUGGUUGCUGGGCAGAGCGGAAAGAGAAGAGAUGAUAAGUUGUGUGUAUGUCAGUCGAGAGGAGGAGAGAGUGGCUGUUGCCUUCUCCAGGCCUGUUAAUGUGGCGUCGGUCGGCCUGCUGCUGGUCCUUGACGGUCAGCCCCAGAGAGUGGAAUGGAGGAGUGUCCACCCAUGUUUUAAACACAGCCCUGUCUGGAUUUGCGAUCUUCCUCCUGGAACAAUAAACGACAUCAACAAUGAACAUAAUCUGACCGUGCACUGGACUGAGAAACCCACAAACAGAGACUGUGCUCUGUACACAGGUCGAACUGAGAGUUGGUGUCGGGACUCUGCUACAGAUCAGGAACUUUUCAGGAGCGAGCUUUCAGUAGAGAAGACCUCUGUGUUACAGUCAGAGCUACAAUCAUGCAACCAGCUGCAAGAAUUGGAGCCUCUCAACAAGUGGUGCUUACUGACCAUUAUUCUCCUGAUGAGGGCACUCGACCCUCUAGGAUAUGAAAAGGAGACACUUGCUCAUUUCCAAACACUGAAAGAAGUGGAUUCCAUGCGCUCUGCAUAUUACAGUGACCUCUGCAGCAAGUUCAUGAUCGAAAACACCAUCCUGAAAAUGGAGUAUGCUGAAGUGCGUGUCUUCAGCAUAUCUGAAAAGAAUCUGACCACUUUGUGCCACCUUGACCAGCUUUUAUUGGUUACCCAUAUCAAUCUGUCCUCUAAUCAGCUGCAGCGACUGCCUCCUCAGUUCGCCAUGUUGCAGUGCCUGGAGGUUUUGGAGGCUGAUAACAAUUGCAUAGAAAACCUGGAGGGAGUGUAUCACCUUCUGAAACUGGAGGAAGUCCGCUUGAAGAAUAACAAAAUCUCUACAUUGACAGAUCUUCAGCCGCUGGCCUCCUGUCCCAAGCUGAAGCACCUCGAUCUCCGUGGAAACCCUGUCACUCAGAUGGCCGACAUCGAGCCAGAGAUAGUCAAGCUGUUGCCCUCAGUCACAGACCUUCUGCUCUGAUCAGAUGGAGGGCACAAAUCACUGCCAUCAUUGUCCCAUCGUUCAGUUCUCCUUCACCUUCUCAAGCGUUGUUUGUUUGUGAAAGAGCGAGUGGGUGUCAAUCACAAUGACCUCUGAGGUUCUGAAAGCCUGAUACUUCAGAAUGCUAUGAUAAGUCAGAAUCCUCUCCAUCUAGAAUGUAUGUGUGUGUGUAUGUAUGUGAGAGUGUAAUAACCUAUGGUGCAUUUCUUCAACUGCCUGUACAGAUGCAUGCAGAAACACUCAUACUGGAGUAAAUGAACUGUACUGUAUAUGAGGUGGUAUGCAGCUAUCCUGGCUUAUUGCUUCUGUAAACUUCAAAAUGGUUGAAUGAGAAGAAAAGUUCAUAACCGAUGAUCACAGCAUCACAUAGUUCUCAUACACGUUUUUAAAGGUUAUGUAAACCAUUUAAUAAAUGGCCUAGUACUGUUCCACAGUAAGUCACAGAACCAGUAAUAAAAAAAAAAAAGCACACAUCGUGUCACUGCCUUCCAACAAGCAUAAGUUUUUCUUUUCUUUGAUCACAGAAGAAUAUGAUCAGGAGCCUGCAGUGCAUGCACCAGAAUUUCAAAUCCAUUCU